UAUUGAAAUUUUUUUCUAAUGGCAGCAUGUAAGUUAUUACCGCAAAAAUACAUUGCCGCGCAUUUUUUACAAGAACGAACGUGUGGAAAUUGAAGCAUAAUAAAGAACGAAUAGUUAACCAAAUAUGGUUGAACUUGGCGUCAUGGAAACUGAUGCAGAAAAAAUGGAAGUAUCAACUGAAGUAACCCCAGAUAAAGAAAAAAAUAGUACUACUGAAAAUUCAGAGACAAAAUCUACUACUGAAAUCUCUAAUAAACGUCCUCGAGAUGACUCAGUGACAGAUGAGGAUGUUGAAAAAACUGUAAAAAAGCCUCGCCAAGAAGACAAUUCUAAUGAUUCAAUAAAUGAUGAUACUGAAAAGAAAAACGGGAGAGACAAAACUAAAACAGACAAAGAAUUUGAUAUAUCACUUGACAAGGAUACAAAGAAUUUGAGCGAAGAAAAAAAUAACCAGGAUAAAGACACAAAGAAUUCAGAAACAGUAACAAAUGGUAAAAUGAACAAUCCAAAAAAUGAAGAAAAAAAUUCAUCUAAAAUGAAGAAAACACUUCUUGAGAAAAAAGAGACAAAAAAAAUGAAUAGUAAGAAUAGCAAAGGUACUGAAGUUGUUGAUAGUCUAGAACUUUCUGUAGAAUGCGCAAGUGACAAAGAAGCGUCUUCUGAUAGUGAAAAAGAAGAGGUUGUCAAGCCAAAAUCGAAGACAAUUAUCGUAAAGGAUAGUUCAGAGACUCAUUCGAAUGAGUUAGAUAUGAGUGUAUCUGAUGCAGAAAAGUCAGAUCAAGAAGAUGAAGAAAAUUCUACUAAAGAAAAAAAAGUUGAAAUAAAAAAUAAGGAUGAAGAAAAGAAUGAAAAAAAAGAUGAAAAAGAUGUAGAAGAGAAUAAAAAACCUGUCAUGAAAAAAACUAUUGAAACACAGAAAAGCACUAAAGUAGUUUCAAGUUCAGAAAAUGAUUCUGAGAACGAAGAUGAUACUAAAUCAAAAAAGAAAAUCAAAAAAUCAACAACUAGGACACCUGCUAAGACACCGUCUAAAACUUCAGCUAAAACUCCUGCUAAGACUCCUGCUAAAGGAGAAAAGAGACCACGUGGCCGACCCCGUAAACGGCUAAAUACCUCAUCAGAUAAUGAAGACCAUAAAGAUGAUCAAGAAGUAAAAGAAACAAAGACAAAAUCAAAGUUAAGAAAAAUAAGUGAAAGCAAAACCGAAAAGAGCGAUGAUGAAUCUAAAGAAGAAGAAGAAAAACCUGUAGAGACAGAAAAAAAAGAAGAAAAAGAUGAAGCUGUGAAAAAAAAUACGAAAGCAAUGAAAGAUAAUAAAAAGAAACCAGCAAAAAAGGAAAAUGAAAAAGAAAAAUCUGAUGAAAAGAAUAAAGAAGAUAAAGAAAUUGCGACAAAAAAAACUGAAGACAAAGAUGAUGAUGGUAAUAAAGAAUCAUCAAGUGAAGAAGAGUCUGAAAGUAAUAGUGACAAUAAAAAUCAGAAAAAAGAUACAAAAUAUAAAGCAUCCGAUAAUGAGAAAAAAAUUGCAAACUUAAAAAAAUAUCUCAAAGCAGCUGGCAUUAAAGUAAAAUGUUAUCGGGAACUUUGGGCUGAAUGUAAGACACCAAAACAAAAAGUCGAUCGCUUGAAAGAACUACUGAAGGAAAAUGGAGUUAUUGGUAGACCAACGUUGGAGAAGUGUGAAGCAGUUAAGAAUAAAAAAGAGCGUUUACAAGAGGUGGCAGAAUUGGACCCGAAAAAUAUAAUUUCUGAAGGUCGUAUUACUCGGUCUCAAAAAACUACAGCUAAAACAGAAAGCAAAAAAAUCAAUAACAUUAUUUUCGAUGACGACUCUGAGUAAUUGUUUUUGUCAUUUUGUUGAGAUAUGUAUUGGGAAAACUGGAAAAAAUUAUUCAUUGAUAUUUAAUGCAGAUAGCCAUUUAUAAUCAGACAACAUUCUGAAAACAUUCAUGGAUAUUGAAUGAAAAAAUUUAGUUUAUAAUAAUAAUUUUAGUUUGUAAGAAGAUUGAAAAAAAUAUUUUAAAAAAUUACUAGCAUUAAAGAUAUUUACUCUUGCAUUUGAACUGUAUUGUUUCUGCUAUUUGCU